AUGGCUUUCCCUUUAAGCUACACCAAAAGAUCGGGAGUCGCCAAAUCCUCGCUGCUCACUGAUUUCCUCAGACGAGAUGGCGAACUCGCCGCCGCCGCCGAGCUACACCCUACCAGCGACGGACAAGCCUCGGCGCUACGAGGACGACGAAUUCAAAGAAAGCAAACUUACGGUAGCUCUUUGCCCCUGCAUUUUCUGUUUGGUGCUUUUGUUCACUGUAGCCUCAAUCGUGCUCAUCGUCAAAUUCCGCUUGUACUGCCACACGCCUCUGCACUCCCUCCUCUUCAAAAAGUCCUGCCGUUAAUCCGAGCCUAUAGUUCGUUUCCUUGCUUGAAUAACUCUAGAUCCUAUAACAAAGAUGUAGAUCCGACGCGUUCCGAUUCCGAACCCGAGAGCGAUUGCGAGAAUGAAUCUUCUGCUAACGACUGCGCGAAAUUAGAGGUCGAUCGGAAGGAAGUGGAUCGGGUAUGCCAGGUGAUUGACGAAACGUUUGCCGUCGAUCGGAACAUGGAGGCCGUGCUGGACGAGUGCCAGAUUAAUCUUACUCACGAACUGGUCCUGGCUGUUUUGGAUCGGUUCAAGCAUGCCCGGAAGCCCGCUUUCCGCUUUUUCAUCUGGGCCGGACAAAAGCCCGGGUUUGAUCACGAUUCUAAUACCUAUAACGCAAUGAUGAACAUCCUCAGUAAGGCGAGGCAGUUUGAGACGAUGGCUGCAGUCUUUGAUGAAAUGGGCAGUAAGGGUUUGCUGACAAUGGAAACCUUCACCAUCUCCAUUAAGGCUUUUGCCGCCUCAAAGGAGCGGAAAAAAGCCAUUGGAAUUUUCGAUCAGAUGCGGAAGUACAAUUUUGAAGUCGGGGUUGAGACCAUAAACUGCCUAUUGGAUGCCCUGUGUAGGGCCAAGCUUGCAAAGGAAGCUCAAGCUAUUUUUGAAAAAAUGGAGCACAAAUUCACCCCGAAUGUAUUCACGUACACGAUUCUGCUCAACGGCUGGUGCCGUGUGAAGAAUCUGAUGGAAGCCUGCCGUGUGUGGAACGAGAUGAUUGAACAUGGGCUCAAGCCCGAUGUUGUCACCCACAACACAAUGCUCGAUGGCUUGCUGACAUGUGGCAAGAGGUCAGACGCGAUUAAGCUGUUUGAGGUCAUGAGGUCGAACAAGGGCCCGAAUCCAAACGUGAGGAGCUACACAAUAUUGAUCAAUUAUCUCUGCAAACACGGCUAUAUGAACGAGGCCGUUAAUUAUUUUGACGACAUGAUAAAGUCAGGGUGUGCUCCCGACCCAGCUCUGUAUACUUGCCUGAUAACAGGCUUUGCAAAACAGAAGAAAAUGGAUAUGGUGCAGAGGCUGUUAAAUGAUAUGAAAGAGAAAGGGUGCCCGCCUGACGGUCAGAUGUAUAAUGCACUGAUUAAAAUGAUGACCCGACUGAAAAUGCCAGAUGAUGCUGUGAAGAUAUACAAGAAGAUGAUACAAGGCGGAAUUCAACCUUCUAUCCACACUUACAAUAUGAUCAUGAAAAUGUACUUUGUGAUGGGAGAUUGCAAGAUGGGGCGUGGGGUUUGGGAGGAGAUGAAGAGAAGGGGAAUUUGCCCGGAUGAUAAUAGUUAUACUGUCUUGGUUGGGGGACUUAUUAGGCUGGGGAGGUCAGAGGAAGCUUGUGGGUUUCUGAAGGAGAUGAUUGACAAGGGAAUGAAGGCGCCCAGGCUCGAUUUUCUGGAGAGCGGAAACCGGAAGAGGAAAUUCCCGGGAAUAUCUGAGGUGGCAGAUGUGCUGGCAAGAUGGGGGAGAUGA